UUUCUAUUGUAUCAUGUCCACCAAAAUAAUAGUAAUUCUAUAGAACUGGUUUAUGGAAAAGUCAAAAUUAAAGUGUAUUUCAUUUUUUAUUAAUCCUCUUGAUCUAUUUUUUCAUAAACUCUACAGGAAACAGAGAAGAGCCAACUCCACUAUGCUCUUAGUGAACAUCUGUUUGUGCAUGACCACCUACUACCUGCUCUUCAUUUUUGGGAUCAACAAUCCAGUCAAGAGCUCAAAGGCAUCUGUUUCAGAGCAGAAUGUUAUUCCUUCUUCAGAUUUGCAGGAGAAUAUUGAUCAGGGUCCUUGUACAGCAAUCACAGCUCUGUUGCAGUACUUUCUACUGUCCACAUUUGCCUGGAACAUCCUGUAUGCGGCUCAUGUGUUUUUCCUCAUUAGAAAUGCCCUCAACGGUCCGCCCCGAGCUUUCCGCACCAUCGCCAUGACAGUCGGCUGGGGUCUGCCUGCUGUUAUUGUCGGCAUCUCACUGUCCACCACCUACAGCUUUAGGAACCCUUUAGGUUAUCGACAAGAGGAGUUUUGUUGGUUGGCGUCUCUGGACAAGGCGGGAAGAUUUGAUCCGAAACGGCCGAUGUUGUGGGGUUUCUUGCUCCCUCUAGCGGUCAUGUUGUGUUUUAACACAUCUCUGCUUGUCUACUUCUCUCAAACCAUCUGCUGUGCGAAUCCCAACCUCAAGAGCUCACGAGGGACUCCUAUGAAGAAGAAGAUUUUGAGUAGUUUCUCUCUGGCUGUGGUGCUCGGUUUGUCCUGGAUCAUUGGUUACUUUGUUCUCAUCACUCAUGACAAAACACUUUACAUCAUUCUCAGUGUGGUCUUCUGUCUCUGCAACACGACACAGGGUGUUCAGAUUUUCAUUUUAUUCACACUGCAGUCUUUUCUAAGGACAAGGACUCGUAAUAAACUGGAUUCUAAGACUGAAUCAAAGGGGGAGCCUUAAAAAAUGGACACAAAAAGAGGACAACAGACAAUAUCAUAUUCUUAUCAUUCUUUUAUUAUUAUAUUUAUUUUAAUUUAAACUACUGUAUAUUUUAGUGAUAGAAAACCAUUUGUCUGUUG